AUGGUAGUGAGCCCGCACCUGGCGCGGCAGCAACCGGUAAUAAUGGAGUUCCCCGCCAUAGCCCUGUGCAGCUAUAAUGUCAUCAGUCGGAAAGCGCUUAAGAGCUAUGCUAGAACUUUAAAUCUGCGAGACAGAAACAAAACAUUCACUCUAGAGGCCAUAGAGAGCAACCUGCUGGCGUACGGCGGGCUCGUGAGCUGCACCAGCACCAAGUUUAACUUGAAAUUCAUCAAAUUCCUUGACACUGUUGAUCAGGAGACUAACGUUACUAAUGUUUUGCUAAAGUUAUCACCGGGAUGUGGAGAGAUGCUGGUGUACUGCGAGUGGAAGGGGAAGAGCAUCCCGUGCCGGCACCUGUUCGCCGCGCGCAUGACUCCAAACGGCUUCUGCUGUGUCAUGAACUCCAGAUACACACCAGAAGAUUCAUUAAGAGCUCCAAUGUAUUUACAUUCAUACAAUUAUGGCACUGGCAUUGUAGCGAUCGUGAAAGAUGAUGUUGACGACUUCAUGUUUCUUCGUCGUCCUGGCACCGACACCGAAGUGGUUAUUUUUGGUGGCGUUCAAUAUCCGAUUCGGGACAGUAGCGGCGUGCAGUCGUUCUCAUCUCCAAAAAACUAUUUGCUCACCGUCAAACUGAAAACUCGACAGCAGGUCGUGGCCAGCGAUGUCAAUAUUGACGAAAAUUUGAGCGGGUGCGCGCGGCGGGGCGCCUCGCCGCAGUGCCUGGCGGCGUGCCGGCGCGCCGCGGCCGAGGCGCUGUGCUCGUGCGCGCCGCCCGCGCUGCUGCCCGCGCCCGCGCAGAAGGUCUGCACGCCGGAGUACUUGAAGUGCAUCGUUAAGCACCGAGAGAUGCUCGGGCAGUACUUCCCGGGCAGCUCCCUGGCACACGGCGCCACGGAGGAGAUGGCGGACUCGGUGGACUGCCGUCACUGCCGCCCGCCCUGCGCGCACGUCUCGCGCUCCGCCGCGCUCACGAGGCAGAGGGUCCAACCAUCCAAUAAAUACUUUGCAGACAAGUUUAUUGUAUAUCAGCAGCCAUUGGAUGACAAUAGUUGGUAUGGGCUUAAUGAACUUUUGGGAAAUGAUUUACUUCAGCACAUUUCGUUGGUACCACCACUAUCAGCGGCGCACAGAGCACAAGACGCGGGCCAAUGCCUUUAA